AUGGAAUGUUCCAGUGGGCCAGAUAGUGGGCCACUAUGUUUGCCUCGAUGGACAAAAGCCCACCCGAGGCCGUUCCUCCCCAUCCAUUCUCCUCAACCCUCCCUGGAAACUCGAAACCACCGUCUGUUGAAUUCCGUCACAGACCGCGUCUCCGUCCGUCCUAUAAACCACCGUCUGUUGAAUUCCGUCACAGAACCCUGGAAACUCGAGACAAGCGGUUCAAAUUUGCUGACCAUCAAAUUGGAUAUCCCGUCAGUUUAUUCAACGGGAAAAAAUUUGCAGAGGAAACCGAUCGACCUGAGUCCAUCCAUCAGACUAUCAGAUAACCCGUCCAAGAGUGUUGGACCGACGUCCAGGACCCGCUGCUGA